AUGAAGAGCUUUUUCUCAAAUGGGUCCAUUGUCCUACUAGUCAUUCUCCUUUCAACAAUUUGCUUGGUGGCUGAAGCUCAGCAAUGUCGUCCAAGCGGUAAGAUUAGAGGAAGGAAGGCCCCUCCUGGACAAUGCAACAAGGAAAAUGACUCUGACUGCUGCGUUGCUGGCAAAAUGUACCCGACCUACACAUGUUCACCACCAUUGUCCGGGAGUACCAAGGCCUACCUAACUCUCAACAGUUUUGAGAAAAAUGGAGACGGAGGUGGUCCAUCAGAAUGUGACAACAAAUACCACAAUGACAACACACCGGUUGUGGCAUUGUCCACUGGAUGGUACAGCAAUGGAGGAAGGUGCCAUAACCACAUCAGAAUUAAUGGUAACGGGCGCAGUGUGGUGGCCAUGGUGGUAGAUGAGUGUGACUCUACAGAGGGAUGUGAUGCAGACCAUGACUACCAACCUCCUUGUCCCAACAACAUUGUUGACGCUUCAAAGGCUGUCUGGAAAGCCUUGGGUGUGCCUGAGGGCAAUUGGGGUGGCUUAGAUAUCACAUGGUCUGAUGUUUAGCUACCUUAGUCUCAACAAUGUCAUCCAAGCGGCAGAAUUAGAGGAAGGAAGGCCCCUGCUGGACAAUGCAACCAGGAGAAUGACUCUGAUUGCUGUGUCGCCUGCAAAAUGUACCCAACCUAUACAUGUUCACCGCCAUUGUACGGGAGCACCAAGGCCUACCUCACCCCACUCUUAACAGUUUUUGAGGCAGGUGGUGAUGGCGGCGGUCCAUCAGAAUGUGACAACAAAUACCACAAUGACAACACACCAGUUGUGGCAUUGUCCACUGGAUGGUACAACAAUGGAGGAAGGUGCCGUAACAACAUCACAAUUAGCGCUAACGGGCACAGCGUGGUGGCCAUGGUGGUGGGUGAGUGUGACUCUACUGAGGGAUGUGAUGCAGACCAUGACUACCAACCUCCUUGUCCUAACAACAUUGUUGAUGCUUCAAAGGCCGUCUGGAAAGCCUUGGGUGUGCCUGAGGACAACUGGGGUGGCUUAGAUAUCACAUGGUCCGACGCUUAG